CGCGCCAGCCGCGGACGGGAUCUCUGUGGAGGUGGCAUAGGCGAUAUCCCUGAGCUGAGAGCCAUCUCCCUGUCCCCGAAUCCUUCCUCCCUCUGUUUUGUUUUUCAUUUCCUCCUCCCUUCCUCCCCCUUCCAGUCCGCGACGACUGGCUCUUGACCCUGUUCAGGCCUCGGUGAAGGUGAGGACCAGAGCCGCCACGGCGGCUGAGCGGUGCGCUCUGAAAUGGCCGCUGCCUUGAGCUGUCUAAAAUGGCGGCCGCAGGCUCUGGUGGGGACCGCGGCGCUGCUUUGCAGCCCAGCCGCAGCGAAGACCGGUCUCCAUCACCGAUGGAGGUUGACGUAGAGAGAUAGUGUUGGGUGCUGAGGAGACUUCCCGGGGACGCGAGAGAAGAGUUCUGGAGGCGAGGGUGGGCGAGCCCCCAGAUGUGGCGGUCUGUUGGCAGCCUGCACCUGUGACAAGGAGGGAUAGCUGGCCCGGGCAGCACAUCGAAGUGACCGUUUAAAGAAGCAUGUACGUGCUCGAAGGGGUGACCGCACCCACCUUCACCCUGGCUCUCUGGACUGCACUCAUUCCGGCCCUCCUGCCCCUGAGGGCUUUUGGUUACUCCCUUUCCACCCCAUCCCUUAAUUUUAUUCUUUUGAAGAGUCUGCAUUUCAAGCUACCAAGGUGGAGAGUGUGAUUGCAGAAGGGAGUACUACUCAUUGCAGGUAUCUUACCAUCUAGCUGUUAAUAGGAGAACCAUUUUGCUUAUAAGAAUUCAAAGCUUACUCUGUAGCCAAAUCAUGAAGUUUAAAUCAAAAGCGGAUAUAUUUGGAUAGACACUAAAUAUGUAUUUCUUAACUUGCAAAGUUAGUAGUCUUUAGAGGUCUUAAAAUUUGCAUUACUCUACCUUCUGAUUAUGCUCUUAAAAAUUAUGUGAGGAAUAAACCUAUUAAACUAAGAGUUUGUUUCCUUUAGGGCCUGGUUAAGUCUUCACCUGUAGCAUAAUGGAAUACAGAGUAAUCAGUAAAAUACACAUUACUUUGAAUGGGUCUUAAUUUGGGUAAUAUAAAUAUUUAUGUAACUUUAAUUCUAGAGAAAUAGUAGGUGACUUUUGGUCAUCAGUUUAUUUUUUCAGUGUUAGCACAGUGUUUAGGAUACAGAAUUCUGUGUUUUGCAAAACUUUGAACUGUGUGUAUUUUCAAUCUAGCUCAUCACAAUUGUUGCUAGCCCUAGUAGGAGGCUUCAGAUGUACAGUAGUAUCAACAGUGAAUAUAUGUAAUGGCAGUAGGCAUCAGAAAGUUAAAAAAGACUCCAAGACACUAUUUGCCAUGAGAAGGGGUUGGUAAAUUAUGUCCCAAACCUUACGCUGUGUAAAUAGAGAUUUAUUGGGACACAACUGUGUCCAUUCUUUUACAUAUUGUCUGUGUCUGCUACCAUGCUGCAACUACAGAGUUGAAUAUUUGCAACAGAGACCAUAUGGCCCAUAAAGUCAAAAACACUUACUAUAUUGGUCUUUACAGAAAAAGUUUGCCAACCCCUGCCAUGGGACAUAUUCUUUAAGAUCCCUUCCUUAAAAAACACACUUAGCUCUUCAUUAUUUCUCAGCCCACUGGUUUCCAAAUUAUGUUUUAUAGAACAUUAAUAUUCUCUAAGUUCAUAGUGUUCUGAGAAAAAGAUCAAUGCUAACAAUAAUUUUCUUUAUAGUUUAUUUUAAAAUAUAAGUUUUAAGACUACUAAACUCAUUUCUAUAGCUUUAUUUUUAUGUGAUAAUCUACCUUUAAGAAAAGGUGUGCCAAACCUGAGAGCACCAGGAAGUCGCAUGAGAGAUCAGCUGAUACACGAACGCGUGAUGUUCCAUCUGCGCAUUGAUGCAUAGGCAGCAUUUACAAAUUAACUGAUGUGUUGCUCUAUAUCAUCUCUUUGAUGAUUGCUCAUCUUCUGUGUAUCCUGUCAUAUAAUUUCAACAUAUUUGUGAUACUCAAUGUGUAUUUUAAAUUAACCAUGUUUUGUACCACAAACACAUUACCUAUGGAUCUGUUGCUGAAACAAGGAAGUCUUAAGCAAGAAGUAGAAUCUUUUUGUUAUCAAAUUGUGUCUGAAUCAAAUGAUCAAAAGGUUGGAAUAUUACAAAGUGAAGAUGAACAAUUGCAGCCUUCAGUUUCUAAAAAAUCAGAGGGUGAGCUUUCCAGGGUCAAAUUUAUGUCCAAUUCCAACAAAAUAACAACAUUUAGUAAGAAACCAAAAAGAAGAAAAUAUGAUGAAAGUUACUUGUCUUUUGGAUUUACUUACUUUGGAAAUAGAGAUGCACCUCAUGCUCAGUGUGUGUUAUGUAAGAAAAUUUUAUCAAAUAGUUCUUUGGCCCCUAGUAAGCUUCGAAGACAUUUGGAAACUAAACAUGCUGCUUAUAAGGACAAAGACAUAAGCUUUUUCAAGCAACAUCUUGAUUCACCUGAAAAUAAUAAACCCCCAACACCUAAAAUUGUCAAUACAGAUAAUGAAAGUGCUACAGAGGCAUCAUACAAUGUAAGUUACCAUAUAGCCCUGAGUGGAGAGGCUCAUACUAUUGGAGAAUUGCUUAUCAAGCCUUGUGCUAAAGAUGUCGUGAUGCGGAUGUUUGAUGAACAAUAUAGUAAAAAAAUAGAUGCAGUACAACUAUCAAAUAGUACUGUUGCACGUCGAAUUAAAGAUCUUGCUGCUGACAUUGAAGAAGAACUUGUUUGUAGACUGAAAAUUUGUGAUGGGUUUUCACUGCAACUAGAUGAAUCAGCUGAUGUUUCAGGACUUGCUGUGCUGCUUGUAUUUGUUCGUUACAGGUUUAAUAAAUCUAUUGAGGAAGACCUACUCUUAUGUGAAUCUUUGCAAAGUAAUGCUACUGGUGAAGAAAUUUUCAACUGCAUCAACAGUUUUAUGGAGAAACAUGAAAUCGAAUGGGAAAAAUGUGUUGAUGUUUGUAGUGAUGCUUCUAGGGCAAUGGACGGGAAAAUUGCUGAGGCCGUCACCUUGAUAAAAUAUGUGGCUCCCGAAAGCACCAGUAGUCACUGCCUAUUAUAUAGACAUGCACUAGCAGUUAAAAUAAUGCCUACAUCUCUGAAAAAUGUGCUAGAUCAGGCGGUACAAAUCAUCAAUUACAUUAAAGCUCGACCACAUCAAUCUAGGCUGCUAAAAAUUUUAUGUGAGGAAAUGGGUGCCCAGCAUACAGCACUUCUUCUGAAUACAGAGGUGAGGUGGCUUUCCCGAGGUAAAGUUCUUGUAAGGCUUUUUGAGCUUCGUCGUGAACUAUUGGUUUUCAUGGAUUCUGCUUUUCGACUGUCUGAUUGUUUAACAAAUUCAUCUUGGCUGCUAAGACUUGCAUAUCUUGCUGAUAUUUUUACUAAAUUAAAUGAGGUUAAUCUAUCAAUGCAAGGAAAAAAUGUGACAGUUUUUACGGUAUUUGAUAAAAUGUCAUCACUGUUAAGAAAAUUGGAAUUUUGGGCUUCAUCUGUAGAAGAAGAAAACUUUGAUUGUUUUCCUACUCUCAGUGACUUUUUGACUGAAAUUAAUUCUACAGUUGAUAAAGAUAUUUGUUGUGCCAUUGUGCAGCACCUAAGGAGUUUGCGCUCUACUCUGUUAAAAUAUUUUCCUGUAACAAAUGACAAUAAUACUUGGGUUAGAAAUCCAUUUACAGUAACUGUUAAACCAGCCUCAUUAGUAGCACGGGACUAUGAAAGCCUGAUUGAUUUAACAUCUGAUUCUCAAGUGAAACAAAAUUUCAGCGAACUUUCCCUAAAUGAUUUUUGGAGUAGCCUAAUUCAAGAGUACCCAAGCAUUGCAAGGCGUGCAGUUCGUGUACUUCUUCCUUUUGCUACGAUGCACCUGUGUGAAACAGGAUUUUCAUAUUAUGCUGCAACAAAAACGAAAUACAGGAAAAGACUUGAUGCUGCACCUCAUAUGCGGAUUCGACUUAGCAACAUUACUCCUAAUAUUAAGCGGAUAUGUGAUAAAAAGACACAAAAACACUGUUCUCAUUAAAAUUAGAGGGUUUUGCAUGUCUCUUGAUAACCAAGUAUAAGAUGAAAAUAAAAUGA